UAAAGCAAAACAAAUCACCAAAAUCUCCUACCAAAAGGGAGCCCGUAGAUAUAUUUCGAAAACCCUAAACCCCCUUUCCGCUCUGCUCCGCAUGUCUUCCCGCCACCUCCACCGCCUCCGCCACCACAGCGUUCUCUUCUCUCCAUCAAGUAUAAAAUGCCGAAGGUGAAGACUAACCGAGUCAAUUACCCAGAAGGUUGGGAACUGAUUGAGCCUACGCUACGCGAACUACAAGCUAAGAUGAGAGAAGCUGAGAAUGAUACUCACGAUGGUAAGAGAAAAUGUGAGACCUUGUGGCCUAUUUUCAAAGUUGCACAUCAAAAGAGCCGCUACAUUUUCGACCUUUACCACCGGAGAAAUGAAAUUUCCAAGGAGUUAUAUGAGUUUUGCCUGGACCAAGGCUAUGCUGACCGCAAUCUAAUUGCAAAAUGGAAAAAGCCUGGUUAUGAACGGCUCUGCUGUUUAAGAUGCAUGCAGCCCCGGGACCAUAACUUUGCCACCACAUGCGUUUGCCGAGUUCCCAAGCAUCUGAGGGAGGAGAAGGUUAUAGAGUGUGUGCACUGCGGCUGUCAGGGCUGCGCCAGUGGAGAUUGAUUAGUGGUCGAGUCCGUUUUACAAAAUGUAAUUCUAGUUAUGGUUGAACCAGGUUAUCGUUGGUACCAUGAACUGUUAGGAAUUUGUAACAUGUAGCUGAUCGUAAUCUUCCCGAAUCUCGAAUGGUAUUAGUAUGCUCUCCUUGUUUUGAACAACUGUUGUGAGCUUCAACUUAACUGCAACUUGUAAGCUGAAAGAAGGAAUACUUAGGAGUUUGCCAUGGA